AUGGUGCGGGGGAGACCCUCCGGUGCCCGCUGGACCAACCGCCGCCUGCCCCCCUCACCCGGCCUGGCUCCCCGCUGCCUCCUCUCCCAGACCCUCCAGUGCCCGCUGGACCAACUGCUACUUGCUUCCCAUUGCCUCCCCCAAACCCUCCAACCCUUCGGUGCCCGCUGGACCACCUGCUACUUGCUUCCCAUUGCCUUCCCCAAACCAUUCGGUGCCCACUGGACCACCUGCUACUUGCUUCCCAUUGCCUUCCCCAAACCCUCCAGUGCCCACUGGGCCAACUGCCGCUUGCCCUCCAGCCCCGGCCUGGCUCCUUGCUGCCUCCCCCAGACCCUCCGACCCUUCGAUGCCCACUGCAUCAACCACUGCUUGCUCCCCGUUGCCUCCCCCAAACCCUCCGAUGCCCGCUGGGCCAACCACCGCUUCCCCUCCAGCCCCGGUGCGGCCCAUGUGCCGUCCCGCGCCGACCACGUUCCGCGGGGCGGCCCCCUGGUCCUGGGCCCCGGCGGCCCCCGAGACCCGCGGUGGCUGCUGCUGCGGGGGCUGAAGCCUGGCACCGCGCCCGACCUGCUGGAGCUGUACGUGGAGACCCUCCUGGGCGCGGGCAGAGCGGAGCCCGGGCACGACGGGCGGGACCACGAGCCCUGCACCAUCUUCCCCGGCCCUCGCCCCGGCCAGGCCUUGGUGCAGCUGGCCUUCCCGCUGUUGGACACGGAGCUGGAGGAUCUGGUGGCGCGGGCGAGCCAGAGACCCCUGGAAGGUGCCACGGUGACAGUGGCCUGGGUGCCCCGGCCCCAGGCGGUGCGGGUACGGCUGCUGGACGGGGGCCCCCUCGACUUGGAGCUGUUGGAACUCUAUUUCGAGAGCCCACGACGCAGUGGGGGUGGCGUCCUGGAGGGCCUGCGGGCACUGCCCGGGCAGCAGGGCGUCGUCAUCGCCUUCCAGCACUGGAAUGUGGCGGAGCGAGUGCUGCAGAAGAGUCACCGGCUCCAGGGCUCAGAGCUGGGCGUGACCCCCCACUAUGACUUUCUGGAGCCCGGUGAUAAGGACAGAGGCCCGGAGACUCAGGAGAGCGGACCGGUGGAACCGGGGGACUCGGACCUCGGGGGACGGGGGGCCCCGGGGAGCCCGGCUGCCGUUGGGGCCCUGGAACCGGUGGACGUGUUGCUGCCCCCGGAGACUCCGGAGUCCGUGGGUCCCAAGGGGCCCCCCGCCAGCCCAGCUGGGGCCCUUUCGGAGCGCCUGACCGCGGCCCAGCCGGAGCCCCUGCCUCCGGGAGCGCCCAUGGGGCCGGGGGGUGAUGCGGUGGGCCCCGAGGAGCCCGUGGAGCCGGGGGAGGCCCUGGUGCCCAUGGAGCCGGGUGCCCUGCGCUAUCUGCAGCUCCAUCACCAGGAGCUGCUCACCGGCCUCCAGGAUGUCGUCCUCUGCCCGCUCGAUGCCUCUGACGUCGCUGGCUUCCGGCUCAGCGGAGAACCCCAAGCGUGCCAGGCGGCGGCGGAGUUCCUGCAGAGCCUGCUGGGCAGCAUCGGGUGCCAGACGCUGCCCCUGACCCUUCCGGGCAGCGCCCGGUUCUUGCUGAGCGCCGAGGGCCAGACCCUUCUGCGGGACCUGGAGGUCCGUUUUCAGUGCGCCAUCGGGACCGAGCGGCUGACCUGGGGCCCCCCGGACGCUGAGCCGGAGCCUCCGGAGCUACCCCUCGGCCGGACCCCGGAUGGUCUGCCCCGGGACGCCGACGCCGGGGCUGCCGACAGCUUGGAGGAGAUCAAGGCCCUGCUGGUCGCCCUGGAAGGACCGGAGGAGGAGGAGGAGGAGCCCCUUCCCAAUCAGCCCCCGCGGUGGGCGGCGAAGCCGGAGCUGGAGGAGAAUCUGGAGGAGGAGCUGUACCGAGCAGAUCGGUCCCAGGAGCAGUUGGCACCCCCGGGCUGGGGGGCUUGGGGAGAAGAGGAGGAGGAGGAGGAUGGGGAGGCCGAAGACGAGGCAGCGGAGGGGGCCCUGGCGGAGGCCAGGCAACGGUCCCUGGCCUCGUUUCGGAGAGAGCAGAACCUGGACGAGGAGGCGGCCCUGCUCCUAGCCCUGCAGCGCUCCCUGGACCUACGGGAGCCGGAGCAGGAGGAUUUGCAGCGGGCCCUGGCCCUCUCCCUUUUGGAGGUGAGGGGCGCGGAGCGGGACCCCGCCCUGGGACGGCUCAUCGUCCACGUUGCCUUCGAGCGGGACCCGGCGGAGCUGGAGGCGGCGCUGGAGGAGGCCCUGAAGGCCCACCUGAGCGAGGAGAUCGUGGUGGGCCUGGAGCUGCAGGCACUGCCCGGGGGGCUCCUGGCCUGCCUGGAGCGGGACUAUGGGGUCAGCGUCACCCUGAGCGGGGACGUGGCCACCCUCCGCGGCUUCGGCCCGCAUCCCGCCCGUGCCGCCCGCCGCCUCGCCGCCCAUCUGGGGCUCGAUCUGCCCCGGGCCUUGGCGCGGACACAGAGCCGGGAUGCCCCCUGCCCAUCCCCGGUCCCGAGGUCCGCCAGUCCCCCAGCUGGGCUGCUGCUCCCGGCGGACGUAGGAGAAGAGGAGGUGAGGCUGGAGCCGCUGGAAGAGAGUGGGGAGGAAUUCCAGAAGAUAAUCCGGGAUUUCUAUGGUUCACUGGACGACGCCCACGAGAUCCGCGUCGUAAAGGUGGAGCGCCUGCUGCACCCCCUCCUGCAACGCCAGUACGAGCUGCAGCGGCAGCGGCUGGAGCGGCUGUGCCCGCGCCGGCCCGUGGAGCGGACGCUGUACCACGGCACCUCGGCCCAGGCCGUGCCCGAGAUCUGCCUGCACGGGUUCAGCCGCAACUUCUGCGGGCUCCACGCGGCUCUGUACGGGCAGGGCGUGUACUUCGCGGCCCAGGCGGGCCUCUCCGUUCAAGACCAGUAUUCGCCCUGCGACGCUCGGGGAUACAAGGCCGUGUUUGUGGCCCGGGUUCUGACGGGCGAGUACACGGCGGGCAAAGCGGGGCUCCGCGCCCCGCCGCUGCGCCAGGGGCCGGGGAGCGCUCCCCUGCGCUACGACAGCGUGGUCGACUGCCCCCGGCAACCCUCCAUCUUCGUCAUCUUCCACGACACGCAGGCAGUGCCCGCCUUCCUCAUCACCUGCCAGCGGCGGCCUUCCCCGGCUUCGGGCCCGGCGGUCCCCGGAGCGGACCCUGCUCCUUAGGCGCCUCCCUGGGCCGGCCGCCCCCACGGGCCCGAGCCCCUCUGGGGAGCCUCCGGUGGGAUUGGGAAUGGGGGCAGAGGAUUCCCAGGACGGCUGGGGGGGACGGGGCCGGCGGCUGAGCCAGCGUUACCCCGUGCAGAGCACUGUGCUAAACACGUGGGAGAGUCCGCCGGAACAAGAAACAGACACGUUCCCGGCCCGCACCGGGCUUACGGUCUUGAGGCGGGCAUUAAGAUAAGUAAAUUCCAGAUCCGUACGUAAGCGGCCGUGGGGCUUGGAGGGGGCUUGAGAAGCAGCGUGGC